GGAAUUUCCAACAGCUGAGGAGGCGUAGCUAGCCACGGCUAGCACUUGUUAAAGCUUGGGGACGACUCAGAAGAAUCACACGAUCAAGAAAGUGUCUACAAGAUGAGUGACCUUGAGCUCUGCACAUGCUGAAACCAAGGAAUGGAAUAGAUACAACGCUGCAUAAACAGCGUGAAGAAAAAGCUCCUUCUGACCUCAUCUUGGAUGACAUAGGCCUGUUUGUCUGGUAACAAGUCAGGCAUUGAGCCAGUACCAGAGAUGCCUGUAAGAAGGCAUCCCUACAGGCUGCAGCCUAGCUACGCCAACUGAAAGCACCAGACAACUGCAUCUCUUGUUUAAAGGAUGUGCUGCUGAUUGGACACAAACUCUCAUUCCUCUUCCACCUCUCCAAAACGUUAUUAACGUUGAGUGUGUGCCAGCGUGUACAGUGAAUUAUGGUGACCAAAAAUGGUGCUUGAAUGUGGCAUCCUGGUGCAGGGUAUGCUAAAAGGGGUGAGGCUCUCUCAGAAAAGUAUAACAGCUGACUGAUAGUCUGCUGUCGAUAAUGGAUGCCAAAUUAAAAGAGGACCUGUUUCGGAGGUAUGUGACGGCACUGGAGAGGCGUCUGGAGGAGGAAUACACCUGGAUUGGGACUGCACCUGAGGGGGACAAAGGGAGACACAAGGACAGCGAGGCCCUACUCUCCACAGCCACAGCUCUGCUAGGGGCCUAUCAGCCAGAUCCGGGACAACGUUUCCGGAUGGUGCGUUUCUAUGAAGUGGUUGAGAAUUCUCUCCGUUGCCAGAGAGGGGGGACCCUUAAGAGCCUGGAGAGAGCCUUCCACACGUUGGAAACCAUCUGCACCAACCUCUUGCUCUUCCCCUGGAAAAAGGAAUUCAGAUGUAUAAAGACCUUCACUGGCCCAUACGUGUACCAUCUGCAGUCUGCCAUUUCUGAUGCUGAACUCCGAUCUCUAAUGCGCACCAUCGGCUACGCCUGUGACCAUGAUUCGCAGUUCCAUUUGCAGGAGCACCCAGGAGGAGCAAAUCAUCUCCGCCAGUUGGCGUUUGAGCUCUUCCUGGCCCAGGCGGAGUGUCGUCUUCUGGGAGAGGUAGUGGCUUUGGCCCGUGGUUCAGCCUCAGAGCUUGAGGCCCUGGAACUCCGCAGAGGUUGCAGAGAUGAUGCUGCUGGCUGUGCCGAGGCGCUCCGCAGACGCGACAGCCUUGGGGCCGAUAUGGCUCGGCUGUCUGUGCGACCGCUGGAUAUAGAGAGGCCUCAUGCCCACCACCUGAGACGGGGUAGCCGACCAUCUAAGUCUGUGGAUGUUACAGAUGGGGCUGGUCACUGGCACGCAGCAGUUAGCAAGCCUGUCUUGAAGGCCUCAUUGAGUCUGAGGAAGGAGCCUCUGUUUGUGGAUGCUGAAGAGGAUAUGAAGGAUGAGAUCAUCAGGCCCAGCACCUCAGCGUCUCUCUUCUCUGUGGCGGCUCCACCUUCCUACAGCCCUAUAGCGGAUUUCUUCCCAAUUCAGUCACCUCCGCCGGUUGAUGCUUACACAUCCUACCACCUUUCCUCUUUGGAUGAGAUUGACUUGUACACAGAGAGGGGUGGUGCUGGGACGGGAGGAAGGCAAACCCCCUCUCGACCUCCAUCCAGAGAGCCUCGUGACGCAAGGGAUGGGUGGCUGCUCAAAGGGCAUGGUAGUGUGAAGUGUCAGGGCUGUGGGCUGGGCUGCUCCUCGAUGGCCUCCUGCCAGAGGUGUGACAUGAUCCUCUGUUCUGCCUGUCAUGAUGUGGACCCCUCCCCUUGCUGUGGCCUCCAGGACUACCAUCCCAAAUCCCCACGACCCCUUGAUGGAUAUAUUCCGGUCAAAGAAAAGCUCUCCGUCUACUCUAAUACUCACUCCCAUCUCCAUCCGCACCCCCUCACACUGACCCACUCACACUCUCACCCCCACCCUCACCCCCAGAUGGUGGAGAAACCCCUCAUGUCCACUAAGCUGUUUCCUAGCAAGUCUGUUGCCUUGACAACGCCAAAGGGAGGCAGCAGCGAGCGAAUAAGCAUGGGGGGAUCGCGAUGCGGGUUUUGCAACAAGCCAGGUGCAUCACACACCUGUGUGAACUGUUCUAAGGUGUCAUGUGACUCAUGCAUGGGCUUGUAUGCAAAGGAUAUAUGCACGCGAAAGAAUCCGCAGCACAGCUUUGUGCCCAACCAUCAGCUCAACUUCAAAUCUGGCACCAUAUCUCACCUGGUGUACCGAUGAGUCAGGCAGACAGAAUAAUUGUUUCUCCCUUCCAGUUCCCUCUCUUGACCCGCUGCGUAGUCUUGCACUAUUGCUUUAGCUCUGUUCCAGUUCAGACAACUCAUUCACUAUCUUCCCCUUUAUCUGAUGGUCUCUCUCUCUCUCUCUAACCCUCUCUUGAACUUUGUACAUUUUCUCUUACUAUCAGUAGGGCCCUGGAAUGCACAUGCCACAGAGAGCCAUAUCAUCAGCCCAUCUCUCUGCCUUGUACAAGUUCAGGCCUUUUAUCUAUUUCUUCUUCCUUUUACCUUGCUACCUGCUCUUGAGUAGUCAUGUGAUGUUGUAGCGCUUCCCAAAUCCCUCAAAUUUUGUCCUUCUCUAAAGGGAAACUGGAGAAAAGAGAGUUUAAUUCCCUCUCAUUUUGAAUGAAUUCCGUCCAAAUGAACAUAUAUACUUUGCCUAACUUCUCAGCUAAAAGAAAAUCCUCUAAUAUAUAAAUAUAUAUAUAUAUAUACAUACAUAUACAGUAUAUAUGUACGUGUGAGAGAGUGUAUGUGUGUGUGUGUGUGGGUGUGUGUGUAGAAAAGACCUCUAAGCUUGCAUUGUGACAAAGGAGAUCUUUUUAAACUUGAAAAAUAGUAGGGAAAACAGAGAAAACAUACACUGGAAGUCAAUAAGUCAAUAGUAUAUAUUUUUAAUCUCUAUUCUCUAGAACAAUGUGAGACUGUUAAAUGGGCAUGAGGUCUGUCAUUGGGAUUUUUGGGGUAUACACUUAUGUCGGUGGGAGCGGGGUGGGAGAUAUCUCAAAGGGAAAUAUUGAGACAAUGGUCAGAUGCCAUAUAUUCUAUUUAAAAGAUUAUGCCUUGUAAAUUAACCCUCAAUUGUUUCUGGUUAUAUGACCGAGGUUUAAAUGCUGCUGUUGACUUGAGACAUUGAAGUUGUGUGGCGGUGACUUCUUUCUGGUAAAUAGCCUGUCGAGUUGUGUCAGUUCCAAGCCCCCUAUCCCCUUUCAUUACACUCCUUAAGCCACCAUGAUCAGUGAUGUUGUAGUGCACCCUUACCAGAUCAGUGGUUCCCUGUCAGUCUCAGGUGGCGUCACAGGAAGUCUCGCGCUGGGCCACAAAUCAAGUGAUUACGGUUCUUUGACAGUGUGUGAGCCUAUUGAUUGGUUUUAGACAGUAUGAAAGUGUAAACUCUGACACGGUUUCUGUCUACCUCAAAUGGCUUCAGCUUAUACACCCAACUGUGGUUUCAAACUAGCCCUGAAAAUCUAAGGAAUACUCUACUUACUACACGAUUCCUUUCUAAUUUCCAAUUCAUGGUUUAGCUGAAAAUAAAAACUCCUCUCAUAAUCAGCUGAUUCUGUCACUUUUGAAGGUUAGCAGAGGCUAUUUAUUUCGUGACAUAAUUCUGGCCUGUGUCAUCUGAAUAACAUUACACAAGGUUUUUUGUCUUGUAGCCGUUUACCAUUUCUGUAUAUACAGGGGGUGGUCUCAAAAACACAAACACUUGUGAAUCAUAAUACAAUUCAAUACAACAGCCCUGUUACAAAUACGACCUUGGAGAAGCUUAAACUGGAAUUUGGUUGAAACCGUGCUGAUUUCGAUUUAUGGCUAUUUUUUAGUUUGGAUUUUGUGGUAGUGCACUGAUUGCAUGGUACUGUAAGUUGUCACUGUUUUUUCUGAUUGACAAAAGACUGAAACCACUCAUAUGUCACAGUUCAGUACAAGACCACCACGGAAGUUGGGUGCAAAAAUGACCAUGAGUUGAAUCGACACCUCUCUGACGGAGUUAAUAACAUUUAACAUUUAAGCUUUACAAAGGUAGUAUUUAUCACAUGGCUGUUGCACUGUAUAUUGCAGGGAUUCUUGCUGGUGUUUCCACCUGACUCUACGGCACAGUGAUUGCCAAAGUUUGGUGAUGACUUUCCCCGUUAACAUAAUGGCACCCUGAAUUAUUUUACAUACUUUUAAGACCCUGAAAGCCCUCUCCAAGGCCCUUGAUUUGUGGUUAUUUGGCACAUGAGGUUAGCAUGAGUUUCCCCAAGCAAGCCACUGUCAUGUGCUGUGGAAAUUUCAUUAAAGGCAUUUAUUGAUAUACUUAAAAGAGCCGUGGCUUUCACCUGUAAAUAACUCUGCUAACAUGCAACCCUAGUAUAGUAAAUUAUGAGGGUACCUGUAGUGAUCAGUCUACAGACAGGAUAACAGGAUUAUUGAAGCAGUAUAUUGCAGUUAGGGCUAAUUUUAAAUCACAUUUCAUUAAAGUCUUGAGUUAUUUUGACAGGCCAUUCAGGCAACUGUAGCCUUUAUGUUCUGUCAGGAAUAACCUCCAAAUGCCUUAAGCUCAUUCAGCUGUCUUAUCGUGUUUUUAAGUUUUCAGUGUUGAGUGUCAUUUACAUGUUUUGUGUUUUACCAGCCUGCAGGCUAAACAUUAACAUGGUUUCUCCAGGCUGCGUGAACUAAAUACAUAGCUUGUUCUAUGACAGAGUAGUAAUUGAAAAAAACACAGAGGUGUGGAUUAACCUCCUUACAGGGUGAGUAAAACAGCAUAUUGAUCCAUGCACACACAGAAUUAUGCAGCAACUCACACUUUGUAGACCAAAAUAUAGACUUUGUGCUUACAGGGGUUCAUGUCUGUAAUGACCAUGUUUUGCCUGGAAGUCAAAUUUCAGAUAUAUUUUGUUUGCUGACAGAUAUUACCGAAACACACAGGUUUGGUGUGGGGGAUGUCUGAGCUCACACUUCCGUUCAUUCCUUCCCUUUAUAACAGGGUUUUCUGUUUUGUGUCUGUACCAUGUCAAACAACAUAAAGAAGGGAUGUUCUGAUACCAUUUGGAUGUAGCUUGAGUGUUCUUUGAGAGGUCUUCUUGGGUCAACAAUAGCUAACUCUGGUAUCAAGAACGUCUUGAGUGACCUUAGGGGAGGUGUGCAAUUGUUUUUUCAUCUAAUGAAGCCUUUCUAAAUAGUUUAAAUAUUUAUCAUAGAUAUUUUUCAGUUGCUCACGGCUGUUCAUCACAAAUCAUACCAGCAACAAAGAUGACUUUCAGAAGUAUUGAGCCAUGUUGCAAGAGUGAUCAUAUUGCCAAAUGAAGAACAAAUAUCUUAUUGGAAUAAAAAAAACGAAAUCCUGUUGCUUGCCCGGAUGUACAGUUCAUGUAACAUAAAUCUGUGGUUUUGCUAAAGUUUGGCCUUGUGUCUGUAGUUGUUGGCCUUUUUAAGAAGCCUAGAAAGAGAAUCAUCAACAUAGAUACCUACUCGCACACCGCGGGACGUGGAUUUGACCCGGAUCAGCGGACUGAUAAUUUGUGUAGGUCACUACAAAGGGCUAAACAGUCUUCAGGGCUGCUGCUAAGUUUGUGGGCACUGUUUUAAUCGUUUAAUGAACAACUGACUCGUCAUAGGUAAAAGUAUCUGAUGUGGAGCUUACUUAACAUUCAUCAGUGGAUAUGAGUUACUGAUGUUGAGAAAAGAGCUAUUUUUAUUUUGUGUCAUGGAAUGCAUUGAGCCAUUUGAACAUGAUUGGUUUAACCCACACCAGACACACUCAAGUCAUUGUGGAAGUCACUACUCCCUUUACCUCUUUGUGUGGUUAUCUUACUGAUGUUAACAGUGGUGGUGUAGUUAGCCAGCCCCUUUACCAUUCCCUGUUCCCUGAACCCUUUCUAGGCAUGCUCUGUACAAGGCCCCAAACCCCAUACCUCUUCUCCCUCAAAACCUACAUGUACCCUCACCCACUGUCUCCCCCCCUCCCCCCUUCCACCUUGGCACUGAGGAUCAUUGCACAAUGUCUAUGUGAAGGGGUAUGGACCUUACGAUCAAUAUGUGGGCAUACAUGGGGGUGGAAAGGGAAAAUAGCCAAAAUUGUUAAUCGGUGAAAAAAAUAUAUAUAUAUUGAAACGUAAAUGAGAUUUUAUAAAAUAAUUUAAAGAAUAAAAUU